UUUUAUUUGCAGCUGUGGAAGGACAAGGGAAACGACAUUGGAGUGGGGGUCCGCGAGGGACGACUUCUACGGUUUCUAACAACCAUCAACGCAGCAAUGCUUCUGAAAUCGGCCGGCUUCAUUACCGGUUCAAAGAUUAAUGUCAACGCCGAAGGACAAGUGCUAUGGCAACUGAGCAAUCCGAAGUUACAUUUGGGCCAAUAAAAUAUAGAUAUGGACAACUAGCUAAGGCAACGGAUCAUUUCUCCAACAAUUUACUCCUUGGGGAAGGUGGUUUUGGUCAAGUUUAUAAGGGAUCUCUAGAUGGUAAAACCAAUAUUGCUGUUAAGAAACUUAAAUGUCUUCCGGAACAGAGCAGAGAAGGGUUGACGCAUGAAAUUAUGGUAGUCAGCAGUGUCCGUCACCGGAAUCUUGUUAGGCUGCUUGGUUACUGUAUCGAUGGAGCUAAUGGAUUGCUUGUAUUUGACUUUUUCCCCAAUAAGUCUUUAAAAUCUCAUUUACAGGGAAGAAAGGAGAUUUUGGAUUGGCCAAAACGAAUGAAAAUUGCCUUAGGUUCUGCAAAAGGGUUGGAAUAUCUACAUGAACACUGUGAUACCAAAAUCAUACACCGAGAUAUUAAAUCAGAUAAUAUUCUUCUCGAUAAUAAUUUUGAAGCAAAGGUUGCAGAUUUUGGAAUUGCUCUUUUUUUCCCAGAUGCUGAUGUUACACACCUCACAAAAUCAGUUGUUGGAACUGAAGUCUAUGUAGAUCCAGAAAAUCCUGAAAAGGUUUCUGAAAAGUCAGAUAUUUACUCUUUUGGAGUGGUAUUACUAGAGCUAAUAAGUGGGAGAGCUAUUAGACAUCAAGGCAUUAAUAUUGUUACUUGGGCAGAGAAUCGAAUACAACCAGCUUUGAAUGGACAAAAUAUGGAUCUUAUUGAUUCCAAAUUGCAAGGUAAAUACGAGGAGAAAGAAAUGAAACGGAUGAUUUCUUGUGCUGCAGACUGUGUUUAUAAACCUUCAAAACUUCGUCCACAAAUAAAGGAGGUAGUCCGAGCUCUUGAAGGAUACGUACGGGAUGAUAACCCUAACCUUGGUGGAUCUCGUCAAAAUUGCACAAAACCUCAGGAGCCAAUAUUUAUUCCAAAAACUGAUAAAGGCACAGAAGCUAAUAAUUAUCAUAGAACCUUUGAGAAACCUUCAUCUAGUGGGAAUUCUCAAGUUUAUAAGCCAAGGCGUUUUACUUAUCAAAAACUGAGCGAGGCAACUGAAGGUUUCUCUGAGCAAAAUUUUCUCACUCAAGGUGGUUUUGGUGCCACUUAUAAGGGAUUUCUAGAUGGUAAGAUUGUUGCUGUUAAGAAACUUUUUGAUCUUCCAAAUGAACAAAAGGUAGAAGAAUUAGAGAAGGAAAUUGAGGUCGUUAGUAAAGUGAGCCAUUCAAAUCUUGUCAACCCAAUUGGCUACUGCAUUGAAAAACAAGGUAGACUGCUUGUUAUAGAGUUUAUUGCUAGCAAGUCAUUGAAAGCUCAUUUACAUGGAAAUGAGAAAUUGGCAUGGUCAACAAGAAUGAAAAUCGCUACAGCAUGUGCGAAAGGCUUGGAAUAUCUCCAUGAAAGUUGCAAAAUCAUGCACGGAAAUAUCUCAUCAAAUAAUAUUUUUCUUGAUAAUAAUUUAGAGCCAAAGAUUGCAAGUUUUGGAUUGGCAAAAUUUUACCGACCAUCUUUCAAAACCAACAUUUUUGUGAAUACAGAAGAUCAUACAGAAGUUUCGGAAAAAUCUGAUAUUUAUGAUUUUGGUGUUGUGCUUUUAGAGUUGAUUACCGGAAGAGGCGGUAAUGUUGUUAAAUGGGCAAAGGAUCUAAUAAAACCAGCUUUGAUUAAUGAAAAGUAUAAAGCUCUUCUUGAUUCUACGACGCAUAGUAAUUAUAACACAAGAGACGUGGUGCGAAUGAUUUACUGUGCUGCCGCUUGUGUAUAUAGACCUUCAGACUUUCGCCCGCAAAUGAAGGAGAUAGUUGGAAUUCUUGAAGGACGUCUUUCUCUGAAGGAUAUUUGGAAUGCAAAUGACUUACAAUUUAUUGAAAGCAUAUAGGUUGAGUUUGUAUAUUUAAGACCCAUUUGGAAACUAUAUAUCGUUUUAUUAUAAAAAAUUCUCUUGAAUUUUGAUUUUAU